CUAUGUGAAGUUCCAUGUCUAUCUUGAACUCUCGGUCUAUAUCGGGGUUAAGUGGGGCGAACCGGCUGCCUAGAAAGGGAAUACUCCGCGAGCCGUCCCCGUACUUCGGAAAUAGGCGGGAAUAGGCGGGAUGCUAGCCACAAUGACGUGCGAAGAUAACAAGGUGGCGCACCUCUCAGCUUCGACCAACUCGCCAACCAAUCGGUACGUACCUACAGGUACCGAGGUAUUGUAGCCUGCCUAUCUCCUACCGACAACAACACAGCACCGUAUCUUUGAACGUACACAUAUCAUGCCAUCUCCCAUGGUUCCUUUGUGAUGGGCGACAAAAUUACAAUGGCCAGCGAGCGAACGCCGUUGAUUACCACGGUCGUGGUUGGCACUCCGCGUCAGCGCUAUCCGCAUCAGACGCUGCGCCGUUUCUGUACCAUCGCCCUGGGCUCAUCCUUGGUCGCCUUGUUGAUUACCUUUCUUGUCACCGUAGUCAGUGCACCGUCCUCUAGCCACCAUCACCCAUGGCCGGGGCAUGGGCACAAGCACAAGCAUCUUCCUUAUGAGAAGCUUCAAGCCAUACUGUUAGAAACCCCAAGUGCCGACCGCGCCUCGGAAUGGAGCAAGUACUAUACAUCUGGCGCACAUUUGGCCGGUCAAAACCUCUCACAGGCUGAAUGGACUAGAGACCGUUGGGAGCAAUGGGGUGUGAAGUCUGAGAUCGUUGCCUAUGACACCUACAUCAACUACCCCUUAGAUCAUCGGCUGGCCAUGCUUGAGAAGCAAACUGCUAGCAACGAUCAUAAAUCAGACGCCUGGGAGGUGAAGUUUGAGGCUACUCUAACUGAAGAUGCCCUGGAGGACGACCCUACUACCCAGCUGAAGAACAGCAUCCCUACCUUCCAUGGCUAUUCCGCCAGUGGCAACGUUACUGGCUCAUUCGUAUAUGUGAAUUAUGGUACUUACUGGGAUUUCGAGGAUCUUCUGCGUGCCAAUGUCAGCCUAGAAGGCAAGAUCGCCAUUGCCCGAUAUGGAGGAAUCUUUCGCGGUCUGAAGUUGAAGAGAGCCGAAGAAUUAGGCAUGAUUGGCUGCGUCUUGUAUAGCGACCCUGGCGACGAUGGUGAUAUAACGGAAGAGAAGGGACACAAGACUUAUCCCGACGGCCCUGCCCGUAAUCCCAGUAGUGUGCAGCGCGGCAGCGUGCAAUACCUGAGUAUAGGGCCGGGUGACCCGACGACACCUGGCUACCCCAGCAAGCCUGGUGCGCCCCGUCAGCCGGUUGACGGUGUGCUCACUAGUAUCCCUUCGUUACCAAUUUCCUAUGCAGAGGCCUUGCCUAUCCUGAAGGCGCUAAACGGACACGGCCCGCAAGCCAAAAACCUCAAUGAAUACUGGACUAGGAAUACCGGUCUCGGGUAUAAGGGUAUCGAUUACAACAUCGGCCCUUCGCCAGACAAUCUGGUUCUAAACCUCGUCAAUGAGCAGAACUAUACCAUCACCCCAUUGUGGGACGUUAUUGGUAUCAUCAAUGGUACUAUCCCAGACGAAGUUGUAGUCGUCGGGAAUCAUCGUGAUGCCUGGAUCAUUGGGGGCGCGGGUGAUCCGAACUCUGGCUCCGCAGUGCUUAACGAGGUGAUCCGCAGUUUCGGUGAAGCGUUAGAGCAGGGCUGGAAGCCUUUGCGAACCAUCGUCUUCGCCAGCUGGGACGGCGAGGAAUAUGGCCUUGUCGGAUCGACGGAAUGGGUGGAAGAAUAUCUUCCCUGGGUUUCGGCGGCCAAUGUGGCUUACAUCAACGUCGACGUUGGUGUUCGAAGUCCGACCUUCUCAGCGUCGGCCGCACCACUGCUACACAGUUUACUGUAUGAGGUGACGGCUCUCGUCCCAUCUCCUAAUCAAACUAUUGAAGGCCAGACUGUUCGAGAUUUAUGGAAUGGACACAUUAGUACUAUGGGUAGUGGAAGCGAUUUUACUGCUUUCCAGGACUAUGCCGGCGUUCCUUCUCUGGAUAUGGGCUUUGGUGGUCCUGAUGAGAAGGCGCCCGUCUACCAUUACCACAGCAACUAUGACAGUUAUUGGUGGCAGAGCGUGUAUGGAGAUCCUGGUUUCCUUUAUCAUAAGGCAAUGGCCCAAGUACUUGGGCUCACAGUUGCCAAACUCGCUGACACGCCACUUCUUGCACUAAACGCCACCGCAUAUGCUGUUGCACUCGACGAAUACGUGGAGAAAAUCGAGUCAAAGCUUACAAGCUCAGAUACCAAGCCAUCUACAGCAGCCGAAAUUUUCGAGUUCAGGGCGCGAGGAGCCAAGAAGGAACUAGUGGGCGACCGAGACGCUUUCCAACGGUCUCUAAAUCGGUUACAUGAAACUAUUGGCGAGAUGAAGUCUGCAGCUGUGAAGCUCGAUGAAAAGGCCUCGAAGCUAGCUAAACAAGCAGAGCAGCAUAUUCCUUGGUGGCAUUGGGUCAAGAAACUCAAACUUUUUCAUCACAUUCGAUCGGUGAACACGAAAUACAAGAACAUAGAGCGCGCUUUCUUGUAUCCUGGGGGCCUAGAUGGCCGUUCCUGGUUCAAGCACGUCGUAUUUGCGCCAGGUAUUUGGACUGGAUAUGCCGGAGCUGUAUUUCCUGGUCUUGUUGAGAGUAUGGACAACAAUGACUUUACAAAUGCAAUGAAAUGGGUUGGAAUCAUUGACAGUUGCAUUCAACGGGCAACGGAGACGAUACAUUAGAAAGAAUAGACUAUCUAGCAGGGAACUAGAGAUCAUGCAAGAUGUUGUAUAGCAGGCCUUGUACGCUUCUCGUCAAUGAUGUUAUCAUUUUUAUACCCAGAUAUGAUUGAGAUAUCAGCCUACAGUAUGAAGAUUGAAGCUAGCAUCACUCCCAUCGGAUAUGUCUGUCAUAUUCUUGACAUAUAGUUCCAAUUGAUAACCGUUUCAAUCACCUACUAGGCACCAAGCCGACCACUAUCUCAGAUGGCGUCGAACCAGAUGAGCUAAAUGUAGGAAAGGUGUUCAUGUUUCCAAAUAGGCCAUUUCCUGCACCGAUAUGCGUCUCCACUU